AUGCCGACCCCCUUGGAUCGAGCAUUGAACUCCAAGAAUCUAUUACUUGGCUUUGCAGGAAUGGUAACUGCAGUGGCAGCCAUUUCCAUUUGGGGCGGUGAUGUUCUCCCCGCACAAGCUGAUCCCACCGGAGAUCCGGAGAACUGGACACUUGAUGAAAUAACAAGAUGGCUGCGUGCGAGAGGACUCCUACCGAAUGAGCAGGCCACGCGCGAGGAGCUGCUGGAAAGGGUCAAGGCAAAUCUGCGCAUACCGCGCAAGUCGGCGGCUUAA